CCUUUGACUCAGAAGGGCGUCUUGUUAAGUUCAGUGGGGCUUUCUCCCAAGUAAGCACGCCUCGAAUAGCAGCCUUAAAGCUCAAACCUACGCAUGCUUACUCGGAAGUCCACCCCUCUCUCUCUCUCUCUCGCAUACACACACACACACGGGCGCGCGCGCUGGUGUUCCUCCUCUCCAGAUUCGGGCUGCAGCUGCUGCAGGUUCUCCUCUUCAGAGUUUCCCGCCCAAACCGCCCCUUGCCUCGCGCGGGGCCGGUCUGGAGACGGGGCGAGUCCUGGCUGCGCCUGGCUUUCCUUCCCCUCAGUUCCCCUUAUGCCCGCAAAGCAGCCGGCGCCGCAGCUGCCAGCAACAACACGGUUUCUAUCAUGGAUGACACUUUCCCCAUCUCUGCACAUUUUCCCUUCUUAUCCCUGAAGAUAUAAGUACGAGAGGACUACAUUUUGAUUCUUAAGUAUUGUAUUGAGGCACAGAAAGCAUGAGAUGUACUGAAACUUUAUCUUCAUAUUACAUCUGGCUGCAUCUCCAGGUGGCACCUAAUAUUUGCUUCCUAGAAUGAUAUUCUUGUUGUCACCGCCCAGAAGAAUUAUUUUGUUUGGUAGGGCAUCACAAGUGGCCCAAUACUGAUGUCUUCUCACUAAUGCUCACCUGAUCAGCAAGCAUUGGCAGCAUAUCCUGAGAAAUGCAAACAUACUGGCUCUAGCAUUUGAAUCUGCAUGUAGAUUCGGGCAUAUGUAUGUACGCAGCGGAAGGUCAGACUGCUCUGGUGCCAUGUCGUCUUUUGGAAAGCUUACAGAGUACUUCAGCCUGAGGAAGUCGAGGAAUGAAUUUCGAUCUGAUCGGCGGAGUAGCAGGAGGAGUGGCAGCUACUGCUGUAGUAUCACCGAAUGCAGGUCACUAGACAGAAAGCCACAGAGACCUGUAUUAGGAAAGUCGCGCACUCUUCCAAGUAUUCCUCAGUCCCCUAUCAUAAGCCGGGUUCCUCUUCUAGAUUCAAAACUGUACAGGAAAGAUAUGCCAGAACAGAAGCAUUAUAGGAAUCACUCUGCCCCCGACUGUCAGAAAGGGUGCACAGUGCCCUCUACUGGAGAGGUAUGGCAGCUGGAAGACGACUGCACUGAACCUGCAAGGGAUCCUGCCCUUCAGCCAAGGCUCUGCACUGGCAUGGAUGAGGCACCUUUCAGAUCCUUGAGAACUCAGGCCUUCUACAUGAGGAAAAGUCUUUCAGUGGACAACCAUUUAAGCACCCUCAGCUAUUCUAUCCAGCCCACAGAAACCAAGACAGAGAGGGUCAAAACUAAACUUCGGAGGCAAUUUAGCCUUGGAUCAGCAGACAAGAAGGACUUGUAUACAUCAAAGUCUGAGAGCAGCCUCUCUAAGUUCACGCACCGGUUAUCAGUUAAACAGAAGCAGGAGAAGAAGAGGAAAGCUGAGUAUGGCUCGGCUGAGCUGCCUGCCUUCCGUCCCAGGUCUCUGAGCAUUGAAUGGUCUUCCUCACCUAAGAUGACACAGCAAAUGAGAGACCUGCAGCUGGCCCAGUCUAGGAAGCAGCCAGGACCCUCAUCUCCAAAUGCUGCCAAAAGGCUCUAUCGGAACCUUUCUGGGAAAUUCAGAGUUAAUUAUAUGUCAUUUGACGAAGGGAGCUUAGCAGGGAAAUGUGAAAAGGAGAAGCUCCGCAAGUCCUAUCUUUUCCAAGGCAACGCUGCUCUUUUUGAAGCUGUUGAGCUGCAGGACCUUGAUACGGUGCAGGAGCUGCUCAAGCAGUAUAGCCUGGAGGAGCUGGAUCUAAACACCCCAAACAGCGAGGGUCUUUUGCCACUGGAUAUUGCCAUCAUGACCAACAAUGCACCCAUUGCCAAGACGCUGUUGUUGGCUGGAGCCAAGGAAAGCCCUCACUUUGUGAGUCUAGAGAGUCGGUCUUUGCACCUGUCAACACUGGUCCAGGAGGCAGAGCAGCGAGUCAAUGAUCUUACUGCCCAGGUGGUGAAUGAGGUACCCAGUGCAGAUGGCUCAGAAAAAGAGAAACAGCUGAAAGCCUGGGAGUGGCGCUAUCGGCUUUACAAGCGCAUGAAUGCUGGAUUUGAGCAUGCUCGGGUUCCAGAUCCACCCACUAACGUUCACCUUUCAGUGGCCAGCAGCACUUCUGUGGAAGUUUCCUUCCAGGACCCACUAAGUGUCAAUUCAGCCAUUGUCACCAAAUACAAAGUCGAAUGGAGCUGUUCCCCCACCUUCUCCCCACUCCUGGGUGAAGUGGUGAUCAACAAGCUGAAAAACCUACAUAUCACCAUCCAUGGCCUCGUCUCGGGUACAGCCUACUAUGUCCAAGUAUCUGCCUACAACAUGAAAGGCUGGGGGCCUCCACAAACUUCAGUACCACCCUUUGCUAUUCCAUCGAACUGGAGAGAAUAUGAUGGGCGGGCGCCAAGGCGAAGAGGUCAAGCUGAAGCUUUGGACCACCUUCUAAGCCAGGCGAAGAUGGUUCACCAGCACUGUGUGUGUCAUGAACCCUGUAAGAAUCAGCCACAGAGUAGAAAGCACUCUGUCUCCAAGAGCCUAAAGUAUCUCUUCCACCCUGGCAGCAAAUUCUUAAAAACACUGAAAAGGGGCUUGUAUCUGGCAUCAAUAUUCUACAAGGAUGACAACAUAUUAGUCACACAUGAGGAUCAGAUCCCUGUGGUAGAGAUAGAUGACACCUACUCCUGCCUGCUCAUGCAAGACUUCCUCUGGUUUACCAAGGUGUCGUGCAUGUGGGAUGAAAUCCUGUGGCUGCGUCAGUGUGUCACUGUCUCCCAAUCAUCAUGUUCUUGCAUUCUGCAAACACGCCUCAAGAUGCUUCUGGCCAUCUCACAGAUGCAGGGUCUGCUGGGAAUCCAAGAUCUGGGACAGGUCUUUUUUGAACCCAUCAAAGACAAGCAGGGCAACAUUUUGGUUGUGACCGUAAAGGAGGUGAAGACAAACCAGACCUUUGAAAGCAUCCGCUGGGUCCCUCUCUCAAAGCUGCAGACAAGUCGCAAGUCUAUCUCAUCUCCAGAAGAGCCUACAGCUCUGGACGUGCUGCUGAUGACCAUACAGGACAAGCUGGGUUACCACCAACGAAGCAGCCAGGCUCUCCCCCCUGGUCUCUAUUUGGGUUACCUGAAGCUCUGCAGUGCUGUUGACCAGAUCCGAGUGUUAGUGCCUGAACGGUUACCCAACAUCUUAUGUCACGUGAAGAUACGAAGCAAUCCAAACAUCUCCAGGGAGGAAUGGGAGUGGCUGCAGCACCUGGCCAGUGUGGAAGAGCCUAUUUCCACAGAGCAAGACCUAGAGACAACCCAACAUCUCUUGCUUCAGGAACUUCAAGGGUCAAUCAAAAAGCUGAUGCAAUUGGUCAACAUCCCGCUGCAUGAGGCCAAAGAUUUUCGCCUAUACAGUCAAGAAGUUCUGGACUUUGGAGGACAGGUCUCCUUUCUCCUGCUUCUGCCUCCCUCUGAUGAUGUGUGCACUGCCCCUGGCCAGAACAAUCCUUACACCCCUCGGUCUGGCUUUCUGACACUCCCUCUUCAGAUCUUUGAGCUAGUUCAUUUUUUCACUUAUGACCACGAGUUCAUUAGUCAGUAUUGCCAAGUGUCUGCACUCUUGGAGCUGGAGUCACUUCUUUCCCAACAGAGCCUCAGGGAGGCCUUCUCAGACUCAGAAUUAACUACUGCCAAGCAGAGGCAUCAACAAGUUCAGGACUAUAUACAGCAAAUGGAGGAGAUUUGGCGGGAAAUGCGUUGGAUUAUGGAUGCACUGCAGCAUGCGCGGUAUAAGCAACCAUCUUGUGGCAUUCCACUCAUGUGGUUUCUUGAGGAAUCUAACAUUGCACUAAAGGAGAAAACUCGCUCAACCUCUUCCCAUUUGGACUUCCUUCCCUCACCUACCCCCUCUCCUGAAAUGAGUCGCAAGCUCAACUCUGAUUCACAUGGAAUUUCAGAUGAAGAGGGCUCAUCAGAAGUAUUUUUAGCUACAGACAGUGAUUAUGACUCCAGCAGAGCCCAAAGCCCCAGAGAGCUUGACCUUGUUUACUCCUCUUCAGGGCCUGAAUGUUGUGGUAGAAGAAAUCCACGCCCUUUGAGGGACAGUGCUCCUGAUGUCCUACAGAGACACGAGCUAAAGACACCUCCCAUCCCUUCAGAGGAGCCUCGGCCUCCCCCAGAACUUUAUGACAGUGACUUUGUGCUUCCUAGUCGGCAAAUAGAAUUGCUGCGCAUCACAGAGAAGAGGCAGGCCUACUGUGUUCGUACCAGCAGUCUGGAUUUCCCUAAACCCCUCUGCCAUGGGGCCAGAAAGUCCUGUCCUGGCUCCGUUGACAGCUCCCCAACUGAAAGCAGAACUGCAGGCCGUUGCAGCCCUGUGAGAUUUGGGACAGGCUCAGCAUUCAGCCCCAGGCAUGGCUGGCCUGCCGAGAGCUCUGAGCCUGUCUUUCGGACACGUUCAGUGGAAUGGACUCGUACCUUCCAGGAGGCACCUGAGCCAGGACAUGUAGCAAACCGGGGCAAGUCAACAGGCUCCUUCACCUUGCGUGUGUGCCCUCAGUAUGAAACAGGGCUCUCCAAAGAGACAAGUGUUAAGCUGCACAUCACCAACAAGAUGUCGGCAGAAGACGUGGUGAAGCUGGUGGUGCAGGAGAUGAAUGAGGUCUCACGCAAUGUCCUGGGAAAUGCAGAUGCUUUCUGCUACAGUGAAGAUCAAUUGGAACACUUUGGACUAGUGUUCGUGUCAGAUGAUGUUGAGCAGUGGCUUCCAAAUGACUUCCUGCCCCUCUCUCUCCAAAAGGCUUGGCCUGAUGGGAGGUUCUGUGUUCGGAUCAAAGAGACUUCCCCUCUCUUGUUUCAGUAUGGGCCAGCAACAACUGUAUGAGAGGAGGAGAGUGAAUUUUGGGAGUAGGGAGGAAAAGUGAAGAACAUUCAACUUCCAAUGAGCAGACAGCUCAGCACCAAUGCUUCCUUCUUGAAAAGACAACUUUGUGCCAGACAUCAUAGGCCAAAAUAGGAGCAUACUGGGCAGCGUGUUGCUUUUGUGUGUGUGUGUGUGUGUAUACAUAUGUGUGUUUUGUUUUAACCAAAGACAUCAAGGCUUGUUUGUUAUGACUAUAGAAGUGAGGGUGGGGUCCAGGAGCUUUUGGGAUAGUGUAAUUAAAUUUUUGAAGACACUUUCCACGAAUAGAAGAGCCUGCUGGGGAUAAAGAAGCAAUACUUAAUUAUAUUUUUCAUUCUGAACAUUGGAGGGAGGGAGGGAAUGUGAUGUUGAAGGAAAAGCCACCAUGACUGACUGAAGUGGGCACAGAGUCGGGGCCUUGGAGGGUGGAGGAGCACAGGGAGCUCAUAAAGACUUCAUGUCCUGUUAUCUGUUUUCACUGUACCUGGAAAAAUAUGAAAUUGCACAUAGUUCUUUGAAGAAAGUAUUCUCCUUUUCUUAAUUCUACCUUAUACACAGCACAAAAUUAAAAGAUUUUCAAG